UUAUUCCUAAUUAACAACUUUAAUCGCACUGCCUCAUGAGUUUCAAACCACUCCACAUGCAUUACUACGCACUUUCUACUCUUCUUCUUCCUCCAUAUCUUUAUAUACUCUCUCUCUCUCUCUCUCUCUGUGAGAAGCUGUGAGAACGUCGGUAGCUACAUGGGAUUAUUCGAGCGCUCUUCCCCGUCUGCUUCCUCCACCACCAUCGCCACGACCCUCAAAUGGCUAGGCUUUGUGACUGCAGUUUGGGUCCAAUGCAUCUCCGGCAACAACUACACCUUCUCCGACUACUCCGAUGCCCUCAAGUCGCUCAUGAAUCUCACCCAGGUCCAGCUCAACAAUCUUUCUGUGGCCAAGGAUGUCGGCAAGGCUUUUGGGCUUCUUGCCGGCCUUGCCUCCGAUAAAUUACCCACCUGGCUUAUUCUGCUUAUUGGGUCGGUCGAAGGGCUCGUCGGGUAUGGUGCUCAGUGGCUUGUUGUCAGUGAGAAGAUCACUCUUUCUUAUUGGAAGAUGUGCAUAUUCAUGUGCAUGGGAGGCAACAGCACGACAUGGAUGAACACGGCGGUGCUAGUGACCUGCAUUAGGAACUUCCGAACGAACCGGGGCCCGGUCUCGGGGAUACUCAAAGGCUAUGUGGGGCUGAGCACCGCCAUAUUCACCGACCUAUGUACAGCCCUCUUCUCCGAUGACGCAGCCUCCUUCCUGUUCAUGCUCGCCGUCAUCCCCUUAGGAGUCUGCGUCAUUGCUGCCUUUUUCCUCCACGAAUCCCCUCCCGCGGCCACGUCCACCGAGGAACAAGAGGAGUCCCGCUACUUCUGGGUCUUCAACGCCUUGGCCGUAGUCGUCGCGGUCUACCUCUUAGCCUAUGACUUCAUACCCAGCCCCAGCACCGUUUUCUCUCUAGCAUUCGCGGCCAUAAUGUUAGUUCUCUUGGCCUCCCCACUAGCAAUCCCGGUUUACUAUUUUUUCAAGAACCGGUCUGGACCUGGUGGGGACGUAGAGAGGCAGGUUCGUGAACCGCUGCUGCUGGUGGAGGAGGAGGAGAAAGCGACGGAGAGUCGGGGAAAGGAGGAUGACUUGGCGACCGAGGAGGAAGUGGCGGGGGUGAAGAAGAAGCCGGUGAUCGGAGAGGAGCACACGAUAAUGGAGGCGUUAAGGACCGUUGAUUUCUGGAUUUUGUUUGUUUCGUUUCUUUGUGGGGUGGGGACCGGAUUGACUGUAAUGAACAAUAUGGGGCAGAUAGGGCUGGCCCUAGGCUACUCUGACGUGUCCAUCUUCGUUUCGUUGACUAGCAUCUGGGGGUUUUUCGGCCGCAUCAUUUCGGGUAUUGUCUCGGAAUACUUCAUCAAGAAAGCUGGAACACCAAGACCUCUUUGGAAUGCAGCUGCUCAGGUUGUAAUGGCUGUUGGAUAUAUUCUAAUGGCCUUGGCUGUGCCUGGUUCCCUCUACAUUGGUUCAAUUGUUGUUGGGAUUUGCUAUGGCAUCCGUCUGGCCAUUACUGUCCCCACUGCCUCCGAACUGUUUGGUCUAAAAUACUAUGGUCUCAUAUACAACAUUCUAAUCCUCAACCUUCCCAUAGGGUCCUUCCUCUUUUCCGGCCUUCUCGCCGGCCUUUUAUACGACAUGGAGGCUACUACCACUGCUGGAGGUGGCGACACCUGCGUUGGAGCACACUGUUACAGGCUAGUGUUUGUGGUCAUGGCUGUUGCCUGCAUUGUUGGGUUUGCUUUAGACAUUUUGUUGUCAAUCAGAUCCAAGGAUGUUUAUGACAAAAUUUUUGCCAGCAAGAAAUCAAAUAAAUCCUACUUGCCAUCGAAUGACCGAACAUCGAUGAAGAUGACCGGCACUGAAGAAUGCAAGGAUCAGAAGGAUCGGAAUUUGGAGGAUUGAUGGUCUUGUUUGUCAUUUCCUUUCUUUAUUUGUAAAUUUUUUUAACCUUCGUUCUUUCAUCGUUAACUAUUUUAAAAAUAAUAAAAUAACGAUAAUUAAAAGGUUUCCAGACA